UUUCUUCAGAUAUUUAUAUAUUUCUUAUUAAAUCGUAUUACCUAAUAACGAAAAAUUGAGCCGUUAGUUCAAUUUAAAUGUAUUGUUGAAGGAUCUUACAUUUGCGAAUUUAUAAACACAUCGCGAUUUUAAGUACAUGAUUUAUUUGCGUAUGUGCUUGUCUAGCGCGGCUUAGUAUAUAAACAACAUGAGCAUGGCACGCGCGAUUAAACCGGCGCUGCGUAUUGCCUGAGUCGUUGCCUUUUUACCUAAGAUGCUUCUGAAAAAUUAUUAAGAUAUUUUUGUCGACUUGUGAUUAAUGCGUAUUACGAGUGUGCGAUAUGAACGAAAUACUCAUCAGUUUGCUCGCUAAGAUCGCCGAAUCUGUUUCAAAAUACAUCGAAAAAUUCUGGUAUCUUGUUCUUAAAGAGAUGACAUUCGAGUUCCCACAAGAGGUACCGGAUUAUCAUAAACAGAUAUGGCUACCGUUUUUUUUCCUGCUAAUUCUGGAACAAUUAAUAUUGCGAAAAAGGUUUCGUUUGAAUGAUCAAGUUACGUCGCUAUCUCAGUGGAUACUCCACGAAACUAUUCGAGUCUUUUCACAUGGUGCCGAAUACUAUGCAUACAUCAUCAUUUAUGAGAGGUUUGGCAGAGGAUGGAAUCUGCUAGCCUGGGGUUCACUGUGGACAUGGUAUAUUUCCUUCAUUGCUGUGGACUUUUGUUACUAUUGGGCUCAUCGCAGUAAUCAUGAAAUCCACUUUUUAUGGGCCCUUCAUCAGGUGCAUCACAGUAGCGAGGAGUUCAAUUUCGCGGUCGGUCUGCGACAAUCCAUUCUACAAAAUUGGUGUAACUUUGUAAUCUAUUUACCCCUCGCCUUCUUUAUAACUCCGUCGCACUUUAUGGUCCACAUUCAACUCAACUUGAUAUAUCAAUUGUGGAUUCAUACAACACUCAUUGGUAACCUCGGACCAUUUGAGUGGAUUCUUAAUACACCUAAGCAUCAUCGCGUUCAUCAUGGUUGCAAUCUUUAUUGCUUGGAUAAGAAUUAUGGUGGCGUGCUCAUCAUAUGGGAUCGUUUGUUCGGUACGUUUCAAAAGGAAGAUCAUAAAGAAGAGAUAAUUUAUGGUUUGGUGGUAAAUGCUGAAUCAUUCAACUCAUUUUAUCUGCAGGUAUUCUAUUUGAAGGAUUUAAUUAAAAAAAGUAUAAAUAUGAUUACCUGGGCCGAUAAGCUCGCCGUCGUUUGGAAAGGUCCUAGCUGGUUUCCAGGUGCACCUCGUUUAGGUUUAGACGAAUUUAAAAUAAAAGUAAAGCCUAGAGCCGUGUACGAUCCUCAGAUAUCAGAGUGGCAAAAAUUAUAUAUAACAGUGCAAUUUUUGACGAUUUUUCUUACUCAUCUUCAAUUAUAUAACGAGAAUUUAGAUAUUUUAGACGAUUUUCUUUGGAUAAAAUUGGGAAACAACUUAGUCGCUCUCAUCAGCAUCGGUUUGUUAUUUGAUAAGCGUGCAUUUAUAUAUCCUGGUAUCAUUGAACUUGUACGCUGCAUGACUUAUGUACACUUCACGCACGAGAUAAAUCUUAAUAAUUUAAUCGAUUAUUUGACGUAUUACGCAUAUGGGUUUUCUCUACUUCUGAUUUGGAUACCUUAUUUCAUAUAUAGAAUUUACUUUUUAUUUUUUAAAUUUAUUUUUUUACCUUUUUUUAUGUAAACGUAUGUGUUGUUGAAGAUUGAAAAUCUGCGCAUGAUAACCAUAUAGACAAAUAAAACAUGUAGAUAUAUGUAUAGAUAUAUGUGUAUUACAUAUAUAUAUAUAUUUUAUAUAUACAUAUUUUAUAUGUCUAUGGUGAUAACAGUAUUGAAGCGUUGCAUAUUUAAAUAUUCUUGACAUAAUAAACGUUUGUUUUUUCGUACCCAUCAUGUGAAUCGAAGUUUAGGCAAAUAAAUGUUCAUCUAUAGAUCUCGGAUAGUGCACAGAUGUAUAUUUUAUCGUUAUAAGGAAACAAUUUUUUUUCAAUUGACAUUAUUAACUCGUAAUAAUAUACAAUACAUGUGUAAACAUAAUUGAUAACAUUGUGUAAUUCUGCGUUUAUAUCAUAAAAAAAAUACAAACAAAUAUGAAACAAUUA